AUGGAAAUUAACAGAUUCAAUGAGCAAGAAGUCUCUGAAAAAAAAGGUAGAAGUAUAGCACUCAAGGUUGAAGAAAGAAGUCAAGAAUCGGAGGAGGAAAGUGAAAAUCUUGGACCGCUUGUCGGAAAGUUCAACAAAUUUCUCAAGAAAAAGAUUCAAGACAAAGAAAAACACAAAAGUCAAAAGCAGCUUGUAAUUCCCAAAUUCAUAAGGUUUGCUUGGCUAGAUGAAGAAGGAUUCACUUCGUUAAGAAGGAAACCGAAGAAUAAAAAACUCGAAGAAUUUUCUCGGAAUAUACUCGGCAACAUUCAACCGGAUUUGGUUGAUGCUGGAAUGUCUGAGGAUGAGGAAGACAAUGAUGAAGAAGAUGAGCAAGGUCAAAUUCCUUCCUCUCCAGUUGCUGCAGAGGUUCCCGAAUCUACCAGUGGUCAAGCUUCAUAUGAAAAUAUGGAGAUCAUUCCCUACAUGGAGCAGCCUGACCGAAGUUUUGAAAACCUUCACUUCCACCACCACGAGGUGUUUUGGCAGCCUCUACCGCCAACCCACACCGCGAGCCAACUUGCCCGUGAAGAUUUCAUUUACCAAUUUGGGUUGAAGCACCUUUGGAUUGUUGCUUGCGAGUGUGGGUGA